AUGUAAUGUUAUAGACAGCAGAUCAUGGAGUAUUUACAGAAGUGUUCAACACAUAUGUAUGAAUGUUGGUGUAACAGUGUAAAAGCGAAAUCAAGUGAAUUUGGUGGUAGGUUGUUUGCUGAAUUAUUAAUGAUGGCUUAAAAGGGAGCGACUUUAUAAAAUUUAAAUGAUCUUGUAGAAGAGCUAAGAAAACAUUUAUCUGAUGACCAAGCUGAAGAUGAGAAAUAUUUUAAUCAAAAAUAAUAACAAUACGAAGCUGGUUUAUAAGGAUUGGUAAAUGAAGUAAAGGAAUUAAGAUUGUCAGUAGAAAGUAUGAAUGUAAGAAUCAAAGUUUUGAACUAAUAAUAAUAAAUAUUGAUGGUUUAUUUGAGAAUGAUUAAUUUGCUUAUUAAAAGAGAUUUUAGAAUUGAUAAGAUUAAUUGA